ACUUUCACUGGCCUCCCCGAACUGCAGAUGGAUGAUUCCGCGGGAGGCUCAAGGGAGGGAGUCCGGAAGACAUUUGGUUCGAUAAUUUGCAGAACGACAAAGCACCAGGAACCAAGAAACGGAAUUUUAAGUGGUAGAUGUUGUUUUCUGAAUUCCCCUUAAGUGGUCCUACAGGCACCCAUUCAAUUUGACUCCUCUAUUCCGGUAUUGUGUCGAUUUUCGGGAAAAGCAGAUAGAAGACUGGAAGUGGGAAUGGAGAAGGAUCCUAGCAAUGCCCCUAAUCGUCAUGGCCCGGUUCCCCAGACUGUCCAGCACGAACCCAUUAGCUUCGGAAUCGACCAGAUCCUCAGUGGUUCGGAUCAAGACAGUUCUCAUCAAAACGGCCCUCGGAGCGAUUUGGAUACUAGCAGUCGCACCGGUGGCGGAAGGUACCGCAUUGGCAGCCCCGCUGGCGGGAGCGCGGCGCCUCACCCCUCGUUAUCCGGCGCCUUUUCCGGACUCACCGUACCUUUCGAGGAAUCAGGACCGUAUAGCGUGAGUCUGACCCUGGCUCCCGGAGGUGUGAUUCGGGUACCUGCACACAGACCUCUAACUGCCGCUGUUCCGCCACCCAUGGCCAGCGCCAUGCCUGGUUUCGGAAGUGUCAGUUUCCCGUGGAUGGAGGCAAGUCGCAGGUUCGCCAAGGACAGGUUCACAGCAACACUGACCCCUUUCAGUGUGUCUCGGCGGAUCGGCCACCCGUACCAGAACCGCACGCCGCCCAAGCGCAAGAAACCACGCACGUCCUUCUCACGCGUGCAGAUCUGCGAGCUGGAGAAGCGUUUCCACCGGCAGAAGUACCUGGCGAGUGCCGAGCGGGCCGCCCUCGCCAAGACGCUCAAGAUGACUGACGCCCAGGUGAAAACCUGGUUCCAGAAUCGCAGAACCAAGUGGAGGCGACAGACGGCAGAGGAGCGGGAGGCGGAGAGGCAGCAGGCCAAUCGGCUGAUGGUCCAGCUGCAGCACGACGCCUUUCAGAAGUCCCUGGGCGACUCCAUGCCCCCUGACCCUCUCUGCAUCCACAACUCCUCCCUCUUCGCCCUGCAGAACCUGCAGCCUUGGGCCGACGAGGGGGCCAAGCUGGGUGGUGUCACCACAUUAGUGUGAAGCAGGUUUCAUUAAUCAGACAACUUCCACUCCUGGGAAGAAAACAGCAACCCAGAGGCACAAAGUGGCAGUGCUGGAGACAAUGUGCAGGGGUGGUAAUGGAUGCACAUGCCUUUAGGAAGACCAAUAAGAGGAAGUAUUCGAAGAGUACCUUUAAGAAGAGCCAAUGAGGAGACAUAAUGGAGAGACACCCAACUGACAAAAGCCAGUAAGAAACAGCAUUCAAGGGGAGCAUUUUACAACAGCCAAUGAUUAUGCAGCAUUGGAAAAGGACCACUUUAAACAGACACUGAUUUAAACAACUGCUGUAUAAGGGCAGUUUUCACUUUUUUAUUAAAAUGCACUUUUACAUAAAAAUCCUGUAAAUAUGCUGACCAGUAAUAUAACAAUGUGUGAAAGGGAAUGCUGGUCCUGUGUACUUAGAUGUUUGUAUACCAUGUAUCAUAACUUGCAUUUACAAUUUGCAAAACGUCAAAGGACCGUUUUACUUUCAGAGAGUAAUUCAGAGAAUUCGGCUCCAACUAAAUGCAUUUUGAUUAAAGCAUCAUGUGGAUGAUUUGGUGCUUUUGCUGUAGACUGAAGCUAUAUUUGCCUCUUCCUGAAGACUGAAACCAUGCGUGAUGAACCACUGCCUAAUGGAUAGGAGACUUCAGUUUUGUGGUAUGAUAGAGCUAUUUGGAAGCACUGAAUAGAUACUGACACAUUGACACAUAAAAUUGCAUAUGUGAAAGUUUUCUUUUAAAUUAAGGACAAUGCCAAUUAAAUGCCAUUGGUUAUUCGUUUGCUUUAUAAAUAUCUCCAUAAAUUGCUAAUUUUAUCUACGUAUGUGUUGGUAGCAACAAAAAAAUCCACGAAAUACAGAUUUUUGGAGGAAGGAACAGGGGUUAAAUUGGGCAAGUUCAUGGUGAAUUCGACAAGAUAGGAGCACAGAUUACAGUAACACUUCAACGAGCACAUGCUUGAAUUCAUUGCUUCCAAUCUAUCUCUCUCUAACAAACCGCAAACUUUCUUCGUACAGUUACCGUACGAUAACAGGUGCUUGGUGCUGCCUAUUCCCUGUCCCAGAAACCUAGAUGAAAUCCCACAUUUCUGUAAAUUUCUAUAAAUAUUUUAAAUGAAUUUGCUCCCAAAGAAGAGACACUGAAACUCCGUUAUUACACAUGAAAGCCAACAGCAGUAUGAGUGAAGAAAACCACAACUUGUACUCAAGGGGAAGUAGGAAUUGGGCCUAGAGCAUAGAAGAUAAAUAUGGCGGGAACAAUCAACAAUAGAGACAUCCAUUUAUCGAUGGACAUUGGAGAUAAUCUAACGCAUCAAAAUAAAAUCAGUCCUAAAAUAAAGUCAGACUGGUUAAGCCGACUAAAGUACAGACUAGUGAAGAAUAACAAGGUAAACAUCCGCCAGGUUGGGUCUGAGCUAAAUUGGGUUCCUAUUACAAUAAAGUGUACUAUUAUUUGUAUUUGACAUAUAUGUAAAUAAUAAUAAACGUAUGUUCAUUUUGUCA